CUUUCCCUUUUCUUCUCUUGUCGACUGUGAAUUGUGAUGACCUGCAGUAACCUCAUUUGAACAGGAGGGGGCAAACUGAGAGUCUUCCUCCGAGCACACGGACACCUGAGCCUGCCUCUCCCCUCUCGGCUCCUUCACAGCGGGACUCUGUGGGCUCUGAGCGCGUCUGGAGGACGCAGGAGGACUCGGUGAGGAGCCCGGAUGGCCGCACGCGGGGUCUCGUGUCUCACCUUGCGAGGAGGAGCUCAGCCUGCGACCUCUGACCUCAGACCCCUCUGAGAGGAGGAGCGACGCCGGACCUCUGGGGAGACAUGGACGGAGGAGAAGAGGCACAAAAAGCCUCGCCAAGAGGAGGAGGAGGAGGAGGCGACACCUGCAGACACAACGGCCUCAUCAACACUCGUCGGCUGGGGGCGGAGCCUCGGGAGGCGCUCCUGCUGGUGUACUCAGCUCCUCAGUAUCAGGGUCACGCGGUGGUGAACUGCCCUCCCCGGCAGGAGAGGAGCAGCAGAGGAGGAGGUCCUCCUCAGCUCCUGAACCCGCGUGCUCUGCUCCCUCAGCAGCCGGCGUCGGACCCCCGCCUCAGGCCGCCCCCCGGCCUCCUGCUGUGCCGAGAUAGCGUCCUGCGGGCGUGGGGGGAGGCCGGGGGAGCCGACUGCUGUGAGACCACGUUCAUCGAGGGGCACGGCCCAGACGCCUCCUCCUCCUCAGCUGCCGCUGCAUCCUCCUCCGUGAAGGAGGCGCUGCUGUUUGCUGACGGAAAGUUUCUGGACUUUGGUGGGGAGGAAGCAAAGAUUCAUACGCUGUCAUACGACAUCGACGACGACGACGAGUUCCAGGAGCUUGAGAGUGAUUACUCCAGCGAAUCAGAGAGUGAGGACACCUUCCUGCUGAUGCCUCCCAGAGAUCACCUGGGCCUCACUGUCUUCUCGAUGCUCUGCUGCUUCUGGCCACUCGGCAUCGCCGCCUUCUACCUGUCGCAUGAGACCAAUAAGGCGGUGUCUAAAGGAGACUUCCACCUGGCCAGCUCCAGUUCCAGACGGGCUCUCUUCCUGGCGGUGCUGUCAAUCACCAUCGGGACAGGUAUCUAUGUGGGUGUGGCCGUAGCGCUCAUCGCCUACCUCUCCAAGAACCACCACUGGUAGCCUCAUUGGGAAGUUACCCAGCAGACACUGGGAAUGCGUUUGAGAUGUUCAUCUUCACCUGGAGUCCAGCUCUCAGGUGAGCGUUUUCUCGGCAGACCGCCACAUGAGCAGGAGGAAGACUUCCUGUUUGCAAACUGUGGUGGCCGCAGUUCAACCAAAACAUGCCGAGAUGUUCAUGUUUUUGGAUGGCAACAUUGCUUGUCUCCAGGUGAUUCUGGAGUUUCACAGGACUUGUACCUGAAACCUUUAAACCAAUGAAAUCACAGGGUCGCUGUGAGGAAUUGUGGGGAUUUUUAACAAGACGGGACACUGGAAACAAAGGAGCUCCAGCAUUUUGAUUUAGGGGACGUUUCCAGUGUGAGGUUUUCUCAUUAUCAUUUCCCACCAUUUUGUUAAUUAUGUGAUUUGAAUCGGACAAAAACAAAUUCAAAGAGAAUUAUUUUCAGCAGACAUCAUGAAGAGAGGGAUUUAAAUAUGUCAGACUUAAACACAUUUUCACAGUAAAAACAGUAAAUAUCAGAAAACAGAAACUCUUCACACUGAUGUACAUGAAUAGAUAAACACAAGAACACCAACGUGACAAAGGUGGAAAAUCACGUACAGAAAUCAGAAAGGGAAUGUGGUGAAGGACAUUUUGUAAUGACAAAAAUCACCCUGGAAGUGAACCGCUGGGUCGCCGAUGCUGGGCUGACUGGUCCCAGGUCCCAGUUUGUUUUUGACUUUUCUGUCACUGAUAAAAGAGAAACGGUUGAACUUGAUUUCUGUGUGGAUUUUAUGUUUCUCUGCUCCACUUUCUGUGUUUCUGUGCAGGUUUGUGAUUAAUAAAGUGUGUCACAGUCA